AUGGACGGACGCGACGGCAUAAUCACGUACUAUUGCUACUUCUGGGCGAUCCGGCUGGCGCUGGAGAGGGGUCUGCAUACGGCGUCGCCCGAGUGCACGGCGUAUGUGUCAAAAACCAUGGAAGAUCUUGAAACGAGGAAGGAAGCAUUGAAGGGCGAUGAUAGGCUCGAAGACGAUAUGGUAGCCCGCGCAUAUGUCGAGAACUUCGCGUUCCGGAUCUUCGACACGGGGAGUAAAGCUGUUGAGGCUGGACGCGCAACUGAGAAAACUCCCGAGACCCUCCAAGCGGCCGCAGUGUUCCUGGAGAUCACCAAGACCUUUGACGAUGCUCCGACGGAUGGCGAGAUCGCAAAGAAGAUUAAAUAUGCGAAGUUUCAUGCGGCACGGAUACUUAAGGCUAUGAGGGAGGGCAAUGAUUUGAAUCCGCCGCAGCAGGCCCCGCCGCCGCCAGCGCUGGAUGAUUCUACACGCCCACACCCGACAGUCGAGGAGGUUCCCGAUGAGACGUUCGCCCCGCAGCCGGGUACAGUUAGUACUCCGGAUAUUAUGAUGAGUGGGCCUGCGCCGGUAGAGUUGCCGGCCACGGCGGCAGCGCAGGAGGGGUAUUUCCCGCAGGUGCCGAUGGGACAUGAGUCGCCGGUGGUGGAGAAAUCUACCUUCUCAGACAUGGACUUCAGUCCGCCGUCGCCGCCAUCGUUAGCCCCGCGGAGUGCUCCUCCUCCAACACCCCCGGUGCCUCAGUCACCACCACCACCGCCUCCUCCGCCGCAGGUAUAUCAACCACUGCCACCACCCCCUCCGAUAUUCCAUCCGCCGCCGCUGGCGCAGGUGUUUCACCAGCCACCACCGCCCCCCGUACAGCCGCCACCACCGCAACCUCAAUACCAGCAAACCUACAAUCCUCCCACACCCUACAACCAACCGACACCAUCACCCUACCACCAACAACAACAACCAUCACCACCACCACCACCCCAGGCUAGACAGCAAGUGAGCGAAGCGGACAUAGCGAAAGCGCAAAAACUCGCCAAGUGGGCCAUCUCGGCAUUGGAUUACGAAGACAUCGACAAUGCGGUACUGCAGCUCCGCAAUGCGCUAGCCGCGCUUGGGGCUGGUCCUCAGGUUUAA